AUGAGCUUCUUUAUAAAAUUCACAAUAUAUACAAAAAGAAUAUAUAAAAAAACUAAAAAACAAAUAGUGAAAAAUAGACAUUUAAAAUUAGAUAGAAUAAAUUUUUUAAGAUCAAAGUUAGAUAAAAUAAGAGUGAUUAAAAAAAAUAUGGUAAACAAUAGUGAGUUAAAUGAAUUAAAAGAAAAGGUUAUAAUAAAUCGUGAAAAAUUAACAAAUUUAAUAUUAAUUAUUGAUUAUGAUGGCACAUAUUAUAAUGGUUGGACGGGUUUGGAAAACAGUAGUGAAGUAUAUUUAAAUGCAACAAAAAAUUAUAAAAAUAAAAAGAUUCACAAUGAAAAAAACGAAAAUAAAUAUACUACAGUGCAAAAUACAAUAUUAAAUUGCAUAUUAAAGAUACAUGGGUAUGGAAAUAUGGAAAAUUUAGAUAGUUCUCAAAAUUUAAAACCUUUUGAUUUUAUAGGGGUAAGUAGAACAGAUAAAGGGGUACAUGCAAAAGAAUAUGUUUGUCAAUAUAUAUCAUAUGAGAGAAAACCUCCUUGCAAUGGAAACUUGAAUCAAAUAAAAAGAUCAUUAAAUAGUUUAUUAAAUAAAGAUAUCAAAAUUUUAGGUGUUUUAAAUUCACCAUUUGAUAAUUUUAACGUUAGAUAUCAUAAUAUAGGAAAAAUAUAUACUUAUAAUGUUGAUAUUAGAAUACCUAGUCAGCCUUUUGAGAGAAAUUAUGCAUGGCAACUUUAUGAUGAUCCAAGAUUUUCAUUUUUGUUAAAAAAAGAAAAAAAGAAAAUUGAAGAUACUAGCUUAAAUGAUUAUACUAAGAAAAUUAACUACGAUAAUAAAGAAAAUAAUUUAUGUUUUAAAAAAUAUCACGAAGAGAAUUUAAAUUUUCUUUUUGAUGAAAAAUUUAAUGAUUCAAAUGAAGAUGAGGAAAUAAUUAAUUCUAUUGAGAAGAGCAAUUAUGAUUCAAUAAAAAAUAUAAAAGAAAACGAAGAAAUUGAAGGUAGUUUAGAUUCAUUAUCAGAAGGAACAUAUAACAAUAAUAUUAUAAAUGAGAAUAAUAUUGUGAAAGAAUCAAAUAAAGAUAAUAUAAUGGGGAAUAGUUUAAAAAAUAGUUAUGAUAUAACCCAUAGUAUAAGUAUAAUAAAUAACAAAAAAGAAAUUAGACCUGUAAUAUCAUGUAAUUUAGAAAAAAUUAAAGAAUGUUCUAAAUUGUUUAUAGGUUAUCAUAAUUUUGAAUGUUUCAGAGGAACAUUAAAAGGAACAGAAAAGUUACGAAAAAUUAAUACAUUUUGUAAUAUUCAUUUUUUAGAUGUAUAUGAAUUAAAGAAUAAUUUAUAUCAAUUUGUUAUUCAAGGAGAUAGGUUUUUAUAUCACAUGAUUAGAAUAAUAAUAGGCACUCUUAUUCAAAUUGGUGUUGGACUCCUAAAAAUUGAAGACGUAAAAGAUGCUUUAUAUUUAUCGAAACCACUUAAAGUAAAAUUAUGUGCCCCUUCACAAGGGCUUUGUUUAAAAAAAAUUUUAUUUAAUCCUUCUAUUCAUAACUUAAUUAAUUCAGUAUUACAAAAUAAUUAA